AUGUUUCAUUAUCGCUACUUUGUCGAUGAUUGUUCCGCAACAACUCUGCAUCGAGUUGAAACAGUCCGGAAGGCGGCUAUUUUUGGCAGCUGCUCGUCGGACGUGACAAUCGACGUGGAAAACUGUUACCAUCUUAUUGUUGAAGCUAGCUGUAAAGAUGAGUUUGAAAAGCUAUACUAUGAACCCCUUAGCUGGUUGAUUUCAGAGAACUUCUCCUGUAAAGGGUUGAGGAAGCAGUCGAGGUUUUUAAAUGAGUCAGAAGUCAUCGAAAUUGGACCACGUUUGACUUUUACAACACCAUUCUGUACCAAUGCACUUUCCGUCUGCAAAGCUGCUGGGAUAGUUGGUCUGAAGCGUAUGGAGGUUUCAAAGCGUUAUCGGAUUCGCUGCCCUUCUAGGACUUUUGAUAGAGAAAAAAUUCUUCCGUUAAUUCACGAUCGUAUGAUGGAGUGUGUGUAUGAUCUGGAUACAUCUUUCGCUAGCUGCUGUGUUCCAGAAAAUUAUUAUCAAAUCGAUAUAAUUACUUCAAAAGAUAACCUUAGAAAGGCGAAUACGUCGUUAGGCCUCGCUCUGGACGACGAUGACAUUGAGUACUACUACGAUUUAUUUGUUGAUAAGCUCAACCGGAACCCAACUGAUGUGGAGAUGUAUGAUUUGGCUCAGUCGAACAGCGAACACAGUAGACACACGUUCUUCAGGGGAAGACUUAUUAUCGACGGCAAAGAAAGGAGGAAUUCUUUAAUUAAAUCUAUUAAAUGUACUCAGGAGUACUCCAAUCGAAAUAACGUAAUUGCAUUCGCAGAUAACAGCAGUGCUAUCACUGGGUUUGAGACGUACUGCUUGAAAUCUGUGAAUCCAGUGAUUUUUGCAGAACUUGAUUAUUUUCCAUCUCUUCGUCAUAUAAUCUAUUCUGCUGAAACGCACAAUUUUCCCACAGGUGUGUGUCCGUUUCCAGGAGCGGCUACUGGUACUGGCGGUAGAAUUAGGGAUAUUCAUGCAACUGGACGUGGGGCACAUGAGAUCGCUGGAGUCGCUGGUUAUUCAGUUGGCAACCUGCGUCUGGACGGCUACACAUUUGGAUGGGAGGAUAAUUUUGAUUAUCCGCAGAAUAUGGCUAGUCCGAGAGAAAUAUUGAUUGAAGCAAGUAAUGGAGCGAGUGACUACGGUAACAAGUUUGGUGAGCCAGUAAUUUGUGGCUUCGUGCGCGUUUUCGGACAAAAAUUGGCUAAUGGUGAACGGUAUGAGUAUGUGAAGCCUAUCAUGUUUUCUGGUGGCAUUGGAGCUAUCGAGGACAGUCAAGUAAAAAAGUUACUACCAGAACCAGGAAUGUGGCUGGCGAAGAUUGGUGGACCUGCUUACAGAGUCGGCGUAGGGGGUGGUACUGCUAGUUCUGUGCAAAUUCAAGAUCGUGCUAGUGCACUGGACUAUGGUGCUGUGCAGAGAGGCGAUCCAGAAAUGGAACAAAAACUUCAUCGGGUUAUUCGAGGGUGCGUUGAGUUGGGUGAUGAAAAUCCUAUCAUUUCCAUCCAUGAUCAGGGAGCUGGUGGGAACGGGAACGUCUUGAAAGAAAUAGUUGGGAGUGAGGUCGGUGUGAUCAUUGAAGCUAACAAGUUUUGUCUGGGAGAUCCCACUUUGUCAAUCCGCGAGUUAUGGUCUGCUGAAUAUCAAGAAAAUGAUGCUGUAAUUAUUCAUCCUGAACGUAAAGCCACUCUAGAACUAAUUGCCAAACGCGAGCGGUGUAACGUAUCUUUCAUCGGGCAACUGAAUACCAGUCAGAUGGUAACCAGUAACCAAUUACAGAAUUUUUCGUUAACGUCGGUAAAAAGCGUGUUGAGACCUCUGGAAAUACCCUAUAAAUUAACAGUUAUGGAUGCCCUAUCGCUUGUUUUACGGCUGCCUUCGGUAUCGUCAAAACGCUAUCUUACUAACAAAGUGGACCGUUCCGUAACUGGUCUUAUAGCUCAACAACAAUGUGUAGGCCCUUUAGAAACUCCUGUAGCGGAUGUAGCAGUGGUUGCCUUAUCUUACUGGGAUAGAGUAGGUGGAGCUGUUGCGGUUGGAGAGCAACCAGUGAAAGGGUUAAUCAGCCCUGAAGUUGGUGCACGUAUGUCACUCGCAGAAAACAGAGUAUUCUGUGAACUAAACAACUCUAGCUUCACAUACAAUUGUCCUGGGAAUUGGAUGUGGGCUGCAAAAAUGGAUGCAUGCGAUGCUCUCUGUAAAGCAAUGAGGGAGAUAGGAGUAGCUAUUGAUGGCGGUAAGGAUUCGCUUUCAAUGGCUGUUGGAAACGAGGUGGUGAAGGCACCUGGCACUCUUGUCAUUAGUGCCUAUGCUCCAUGCGCAGACGUGACGAAAGUUGUUACUCCUGAUUUAAAAGGCAUGCCUAGUCGCCUAUUAUAUGUUCGUUUUGGUAACGGAGGUUUCAUUAAUCGCUUAGGAGGUUCUGCUUUAGCCCAAUGUUUAAAGCAAGUCGGGGAUAAUGCAAGUGAUGUAGAUGAUUUUGAGAGAUUUGUUAAGGCUUUUGACAUAGUUCAGGCACUGGUAAAAGAGGGUCGCAUUUUAUCUGGUCACGAUGUAAGUGAUGGAGGGUUAAUAACUUGUGCUUUAGAAAUGGCAUUUGCGGGUAACCGCACUGUAAACCUGCAGAUCAUGUCAGCUUCAGGUACUCCUUCAGUUUUGAGUGCAAAAAGUUGUCGAGACAAAUGGUUAUCUUCUGCAUUUAGAUGUGCUGGAAACUCUGUCACUGUUGCGGUAAAUUUUAAUGAAGUUUUGUGUGAGCCACUUUGGAAGCUCCGUGCAUUAUGGGAAGAAACAAGUCAGAAACUUGAGCUGUUACAAACAAAUAAGGAAUGCGUAGCGGAACAGGAAUUCUGGUUACAAGAAGCGAAGGAUCAGGUUUAUAUUGCGGACUUCGAUUAUUCGGCGAGGAGGAUGAGGUUCAAAAAGUUUUUAGAAGUGUAUUCGGUAGCAAUCAUACGUGAAGAGGGUAGUAAUGGAGAUCGUGAAAUGGCAGCAGCGUUUUAUCUAGCUGGCUUUACAGUUGUUGAUGUAAAUAUGGAAGAUUUUUUGGACUCUCAAUUCUCUUUAGAUUUCUUCAGUGGGAUUGCUUUUGUGGGAGGAUUUGCAUAUGCUGAUGUUCUGGGAGCUGCUAAAGGAUGGGCUAGCUUGAUAAUGCAUCAUGAGAAAGUCCUACGUGAAGUUGACCGGUUUCGUAGGCGUCCGAACACAUUCUCAUUGGGUGUUUGUAACGGGUGCCAGCUAAUGGUGAUUUUAGGCUGGGUUGGUCAUACUGAGGAAGGUGGUGACCGGGUCGUUCAGCUAAAAACAAACAAGUGCGGACGGUUUCAAAGUUCUUUUAGUUCAGUUGUGAUUACUGAAUCCCCUUCCAUAUUUUUUACUGGAAUGGAAGAUUCAGUCUUGGGAGUAUGGUCUGCUCAUGGUGAAGGUUCGUUAGAAAUUUCUUCUCAAAUCUGGUACUGUGAUGCAAGUGGGAAGCCAACAACAAAGUUCCCAAAAAAUCCCAAUGGGAGUCCAAGAGGAGUAGCUGCAAUCUCUUCACCAGAUGGACGUCAUUUAGCGAUAAUGCCGCACCCUGAACGCUGUUUCUUGUCAUGGCAAUGGCCGUACUAUCCGGAAAAGAUGUUUUCAAAUGCCUUCGAAUGGACACGCCAGUUUACUAGCUUAUAG